CGCAGAGUGAGCGGUGAGCAGUGGCUCAGGCAACGUCAGGGCUGGGCCCUCCUCUUGUGACAGGCAGGCUGCUGCAGGCUCACCAACUGCAAGAUGCUCUGAGCUUUUGCAAACCUCUUGAGCUGAGAAUGGCUCCUGUGAAAAGGUUGGCCCCCUCAAACUCUGGUCAUCCAGACAGUCCGAACUCUGGGUUAGUAUGCAUUAUUUCCUGGAAAUAAAUGAGACUUUGGGGUAGAUCCCUGGGCGAUAGACACCUCCCUGAAGAGGAAGAAGAAGAAAUCAAAUUGCCCAGAAAAAGAAAAAAACAAACAAACAAACAAACAAAAAAAAACCAGGGAACACAAAGCUGGGGGCAUGCCUGCUGGAACGAUGGUGUUUUUAGAAACUACCUAGGAGGCAGAAGUGAAGUGAUUUGCCCAUGCCGCUUACCUGGGAGUGGAAGUGGGGAGACAUGGACAGCGGCUCUGGUGACAAGAGGAGGCACAGUGCAGCUCAGUGAAGCCACACAGUGACUGCGUCCUGCACCCUCUUCAUGCAGUGCUGUGGGCUGGUGCAUCGGCGGCGAGUACGGGUGUCCUAUGGUUCGGCAGACUCCUACACCAGCCGUCCGUCCGAUUCUGAUGUUUCUCUGGAGGAAGACCGAGAGGCAGUGCGCAGAGAAGCGGAGCGACAGGCCCAGGCCCAGUUGGAAAAAGCAAAGACAAAACCUGUUGCCUUUGCAGUUCGGACAAAUGUCAGCUACAGCGCAGCCCAUGAAGAUGAUGUCCCGGUGCCUGGCAUGGCCAUCUCGUUCGAAGCGAAAGAUUUCCUGCAUGUUAAGGAAAAAUUUAACAAUGACUGGUGGAUAGGCCGCUUGGUGAAAGAAGGCUGUGAAAUCGGAUUCAUUCCAAGUCCAGUCAAGCUAGAAAACAUGAGGCUGCAGCACGAGCAGAGAGCCAAGCAGGGGAAAUUCUACUCCAGUAAAUCAGGAGGAAAUUCAUCAUCCAGUUUGGGUGACAUAGUACCUAGUUCCAGAAAAUCCACGCCUCCAUCAUCUGCUAUAGACAUAGAUGCUACUGGCUUAGAGGCAGAAGAAAAUGAUAUUCCAGCAAACCACCGCUCCCCUAAACCCAGUGCAAACAGUGUAACGUCACCCCACUCCAAAGAGAAAAGAAUGCCCUUCUUUAAGAAGACAGAACACACGCCUCCCUAUGACGUGGUUCCUUCCAUGCGGCCUGUGGUCCUGGUGGGCCCAUCCCUGAAGGGCUACGAGGUCACAGACAUGAUGCAGAAAGCCUUGUUUGAUUUUCUAAAGCACCGAUUUGAAGGGCGCAUCUCAAUCACCAGGGUUACUGCGGACAUCUCACUCGCAAAACGCUCAGUGUUAAACAACCCCAGCAAGCAUGCAAUCAUCGAAAGAUCCAACACAAGGUCAAGCCUAGCGGAAGUCCAGAGUGAAAUUGAAAGGAUUUUUGAACUUGCAAGAACACUACAAUUGGUAGUCCUUGAUGCGGAUACUAUCAAUCACCCAGCUCAACUUAGUAAAACCUCAUUGGCCCCGAUUAUAGUAUACGUCAAGAUCUCUUCUCCUAAGGUUUUACAACGGUUAAUAAAAUCUCGAGGGAAAUCUCAAGCUAAACACCUCAAUGUCCAGAUGGUAGCAGCCGAUAAACUGGCCCAGUGUCCUCCAGAGCUGUUUGAUGUGAUCUUGGAUGAGAAUCAGCUUGAGGACGCCUGUGAGCACCUUGCUGACUACCUGGAGGCCUAUUGGAAGGCCACCCACCCACCUAGCAGCAGUCUCCCCAACCCCCUCCACAGUCGAACUUUAACGACUUCAGCUCUGCCUAUUAGCCCCCCUCUCGCCUCUAAUUCACAGGGUUCUCAAGGUGAUCAGAGAACUGAUCGUGCUGCUCCCGCUCGUUCUGCUUCCCAAGCUGAAGAAGAGCCCUGCCUGGAACCUGUCAAGAAAUCCCAGCACCGUUCUUCCCAGUACCACAACCAUCGCAGUGGUACAAGUCGAGGUCUCUCCAGACAAGAGACGUUCGACUCGGAGACCCAGGAAAGUAGAGACUCUGCCUAUGUGGAGCCAAAAGAAGAUUACUACCAUGAGCAUGUGGACCACUAUGCCCCACACCGUGACCACAACCACCGCGAUGAUGCCCACGGGAGCGGAGAGCACAGACACAAGGAGUCUCGGCACCGCUCCAGGGAGCUGGAGCAGGACCACAAUGAAUGCAACAAACAACGAAGCCGACAUAAAUCCAAGGACCGCUAUUGUGACAGAGAUGGAGAGGGGAUAUCCAAAAGACGGAAUGAGGCAGGGGAGUGGAACAGGGAUGUUUACAUCCGCCAGUGACUUUUGCCCUUUUGUGAGUUUUUUUUUUUAAGUCUUGUAUAACAGUGCCCUCAAAUUCUUUGGGGUCUAUAUUGCAAUCAUAUGUGAUUUGUCUUGUAUAUUUUGUACUGCUGUUGCUUGAAUAGCAAUAGCAUGAAAUAGAGUAUUAAUAAACUUUUUUUUUUAAGCGCAACAUAAAUUUGCCUGGUAGAGCUGCAGUGCCCUGGUUGUAGGCUGGACUUUUGGGUAGCUGCCACUUGAACAAAAGCUGUUGUCAUGCAGGUGGCUUAUGUACUUUAAGAAAACCUAGUGGAUAUAUCCAACAAGCAAAAAUCAACCCAGAUAAAAAGUGAAAGUCUCACUUUUCCAGAUUUUGACAUGUAGGCACCUGAAUUGCAUAUUCAUUCAUCCAAGGACCACUGUUGCUCAUACCUCUGGCUGACUAAAUUUGGGGACAGAUUCAGUCUUGCCUUACACAGAGGGAAUCAUAAAGUUAGAUUCUAUUUUCUAUGUACUAGUACUGUGUACUGUAUAGAGAGUUUGUAAAUGUUUCUGCAAACACCUUAUGAUAACUAUAUAAUAUAUAUCAGUUUGAUCACACUAUUUUAGAGUCUUAAUGCCAACUUAGCAGAUUUACUUUAUGAACUACAGGGACUAGAAAUGCCCACAUUCAGGAAAUUUGUAAUAACAUUGUCUAGACAUCCAUCCCCAUUCUAGAAGGAAGUCUGUAUAUACUGUAAAUACGUGUGAUUGCUUGACUUGAAAAGGUUUGAUUUCCAAGUAUUUUACCAUCCUUAUAAGUUUAUAAUUUUGACCAUAAAUUAUGGGAGAUAUAACCAAACUCCAAAGGUUGUUCUAAUCCAUGCAAUUCUCACUAAUUGUGACACAUUCUUAGUAGCUAAUGUCUUCUGUCACUGCACUGGAGUAUCCACAAGCCAGAACUCUGUGUGCGUGUCUGUGUAUUAGUGUGCAUGAGUGACUGGUUGAGAAUGAAUCGAUGCUAAAGAUGAAAGCUAAGACUGCUAAAGAGUUCUGCCCACCUGGUUUCAUAUUUAACUGUGCUACAUGUUGCUUUAAUGAUCCACUGAGCAGUCAGGGAAUGUGAGGAAGCUUGCUGCCAAAGGUGACUAUGAAAGCUUUCGUUGACUGACUCCUUGUUUUUGCUCCUAGAGCGUACAAGAACAGACAACUUUUAACUGAGUGUUUCACUGGAAAUGUACAAUUUUUGUGUGUUUGAGUACUUGUUUUAGUAAGAAAUGUUUACACAGCUUGUAGAAUUACUUCGUGGGAAAAUAAAUUUUUCUAAAUUCUCCCACUUCCUUUUCUAACCUUGCCUAUUGUUCUAUUGUUGGUUUCCCAGUUUACCAGUCAUUCCACCCCCAUCACCACCAAAUCAAACACUCUCAUUGUAUGGACAUCAAUACCCAGAAGUGCUUCUUAUAACCAAAGUUUCUGCUCUUCAGAAUUAAGCAGGGAAAAUGGGAUGUGCUGACAUGAAUAAAAUGUUUUCCUUCAUCAGACAACUACUCUGAAGGGAAACCCAGGAGAGAUUAUUCUCCAUGCCUGAAUUAAACUACUUUAAGAAGCUCACUGUGGUUAUGCUAAGACUAAACUCUUCUAUUUGUGUGUCCAUUUUGGGCAGGUAAGACAGUAUUUAUUAGAUAUGCAAGUACUCUGAACUUAAAAGUUUGUUCCUCAAAAAUGCCUAUUUAUUAUUGUCUAACUUCAGAUCUGUAUAUUAAAUGAUUGCUAUUUUGUUAAAUAAGUUAACCUAUCUUUUGUUUUGCUUGAUUACUUCAAGUUCUUGCCAAAUAUUCUCAGACUUUUAUAAAUAAAACUAAUCAUUCCCCCAACCUUUAAAGUAACUCACUUUGAAAAAAAAUUAUAGGUCUGGGGAAGAUAACCUAAUGGUUAUGCAAAAAGACUUUCAUGCUGAGGCAUCAGGUCCCAGGUUCAAUCCCUAGCACCACCAUAAAGCCUGAGCUGAGCAUUGCUCUGGUUUUCUUCUCUAUAGAGUUUAUCCCUAUAAUGUACAUAUAUAUAAACAUUCAUAAUACAUACAUAUAUUCAAACUCUUUACCUCAUGGGAAAACCAUAUUCCAAGUUCUUCCAUGAAGUAUUUCUGAUAAGUGUUCAUUAAUGGUAAGAUGUUAUGGACCACUAGCCCCAUCCUUUAAUACAUAUAAUUUCAUCCCAGUUAAAUUCUGAAAGUGUAACUGGUGUUUAUCUUCCUUGCUGCUACCAUAAAUCUCUUUCAAAGAGACAGGACCAUUGAUUCCUAGAUUCUCAGUUUCUCACUUUACUGUGAAACAGGAUGGUCCAAAUCAGAGUAUCCCUCAAAAACCAGCACUUGCAGGAUUUGGCGUAAGAGCAUUUAUAUGUGAAAACGCUGUAGUGGCAUAUGUGUAAAUUAUGUGUUCAACUUUUUAAAAGAAAUAACCCCAAAGACAGCGGGAUAUAUAUUGACUUAUGAAAUGUUAAACUGUAGUCUCUUCACACAGCAAAGGCUCACUCUUAACUUACUUAGUUGUGGGAUCAUGAUUUUUGUAGUCAACCUAGGAAAUGCUGGAAAUGUUAACAGUUCUGUUCUGUGUCAAACUCAUUUCAGGUUUUCCAAUGCUUCUCCUCUGCUGCUCACUUAAGUUGCUGUUACACAAAGGUGCUGCUAAAUGCAGGUUGUCUAGUCAGAUCGUACUCUUUGGACAAUGCCACAUUUCUAACAUGCUCUGCUCUGCAUUCCUGUUAUACAUUGACUGUCAGCUACACUGAACUGUUCAGAAACCUGGUUUAAAGUCAUUCCUGUGAAACAAAUAAAGAGCUGGCUUCUGCACUGUU